AUGCCCGAGCCCGAUAAUGUCGCCGCCCAAGGCGGUGGCAGCAACUCGAGCGAUUUCGACCCAGCCUAUGCGAACAUUGUGAGAUGGGGAAAUGAGGGUGACACUUUUGUCAUUCUAGAGACUGACAAGUUCACCAAUGAUAUUCUCCCAAAACACUUCAAGCACAGCAACUUUUCAAGCUUCGUCCGACAGCUGAACAAGUAUGACUUCCACAAGCUGCGUCGCAAUGACGAGAACAACGAAUCGCCUUAUGGGAAGCAGGCGUGGGAGUUCAAGCACUCUGCUUUCCGGGCUGAUAGAAAAGACAAUCUGGACAAUAUCAGACGAAAGGCUCCGGCUCAAAGGAAAACGCAGCAGACGGAGGACCAGUUCACUACUAACCAAUCCAUCAACCUGUUACAAGAGACGCUCUUUGCGCAACAACAGCAGGUGCAGGCACUGCAAGAGCAAGUUGCCGAGAUGGCGCGGACCAACAAGACGCUUGUCCAUGAAGUCCACACGAUGCACAAGAUCAUCGACGCCCAGCGACAGUCGCAACACGAGAUGCUCAACUUCAUGUCGCAUGCUGAGGACAGAAUGAGGGGUCAACGGUACCCUGGACAAAACCCGCAGAUGAACGGAGGCGCCAUGGACGAUCAGCCUCCUGAGCUCCGACGCGCGAGAGAGCUCCUUUCCAGUGUAACAACCAACGUCGGGUACGAUCGAGAGCUCGAGAGGCUCAACGGCAUGUACGCGCAAAGCUCUCCGCCCGAUUCCGCCUCUUCCCUCAUGUUCCAGCCCGGCCAGGCGGGAAUGCCACCCAUGCUACCCGAGCACAUGAACAUGCGCCACCUCGUCUAUCCUGUAGGUGAGAACGUAGGCAUCGACCCAUUGUCCCAGGACCACUUCAACAAUAUCCCAUACACGCUGAAUUCUUUGCCAAUGAACGACUUCCAGGCUCCACCCGUCGUUAAGCCGGAACCCGGACCGGCCACGCCAGCUCCUGCCGCUGCUGCGCCAGCACGGCCGCCGUCAACGAACGAUAAGGGUCUGUGGGGCAACAAGAAGCCGCGAGUGUACCUGGUCGAGGAUGACAGGACGUGUUCGAGAAUCGGAUCCAAGUUCCUGACGCAGAUGGAGUGCAUCGUCGAGCUUGCUGAAAAUGGUAUCGACGCCGUCAACAGAUGCAAAGAGGUUCCAUCUGGCCAUUUCGAUCUCAUCUUCAUGGACAUUGUCAUGCCGCAGAUGGAUGGUGUAUCCGCGACGCAACUCAUCCGCGAACUUCACCCCGACGUCCCUGUUGUCGCCAUGACCUCGAAUAUCCGCCCCGAAGACAUCAGCCACUACUUCAACUGGAGCUUGAACGACGUGUUGGCCAAACCGUUCACCAAGGACGGCAUGUUGCGCAUUCUCCGGAAGCAUGUGCCACACCUCCUGAAGAACGCUCCACCAGAUGAGCUCGCCGUAGGCCACGGCGCGGCCCAGCUUCACGCCAACAACAACACCAACAACAUGACGGCACCACCGAUGAACCCCCAAGUCAAGUUCGAUUCCACACCUGGUCAGUCACCAGCGACGACAGCGUCGUGGCACUCGCCCGCACAGAUGCAUCAGCCAUCACCGAAUGUGACAAACAUCGAGACAGGAUACCCGAUGGCGAACACUGCGCAAAUGGUAAUGACGCCAACGUCCGCUCAGCGGCCGACGUUCCAGAACAUGCCUCCUGGUAUGCAACAAAUGCGUGUGCCUGAUCACAUCGUCGGUGAUGACCGACCAGAGAAGCGCCAAAGGUUAUACGGACCGCAAGGUGGAUACGCUUAA